AUGGAGGACACCACCUUUGUCACUCUUACACCUGUCAGCGCCCUCGCCAAACUGGCACUGAGCGACAUCGUUGAGACCCACAUCAACAGUCGACAGAACAAGUACCAGGCAGACGAUGCUCCGCUCUUGAAGAAGAUGGCUGUCGAACUGACGAUGAGCUACGCAAGCGAGAGUUUCCCCGAGUCUGAAUCCGAGCCCGAGGGUGCGUCUAGCGAGGAUGGCAUGGGGGCUGUGCAUUUCUCCCUCACGGUCGACGGCACCCUCACGGUCGACGGCACACCUGUCAACGGCAAGCCCCACAGCUUGAACAAGCACAAGUCGGUGAUUUCGUUCGGCAAAGACAAUACCUUCUAUCAGCUUCGCAACAAGAGGCUGAGGAGGCUGGAGCUCCGGAACAUGUCGAUGUUGAUAUGGGAACUCCGCUCCAAGUCACAAGGACGAUUGGGUCUCGUUCUACGCGAAGUAUCAAUAAACGAGAUGUUGACGAAUCUCGCCCAAGAGAAAGACACCGCCGGCCGAAUUCUACGGCAGGUGGAGGUGAUUUAUGGCAACAAUGAAAUUGUGUCUGUCCAUAAGUCGGUCGUGGGCUCGACCUUCUGCUGGGUGCACCGGGACUUGAAGCCAGCGAAUAUUGGCCUCAUAGGGACGCCCCAACGAUCGGUUCUCCUCGACAACGGUACAGCCGGCUUCAUCGGAGAGCCCAGGGGUUUUCUGAGGCCGAUGCCGGCAUGCGGAGGCACGAUCCCCUAUCUUGCACCAGAGCGCGAAAUGGAGCCUUACAACUACUCGGUCGACAUAUGGGCUAUGGGGGUAAUCGGGUACGGGAUGAUGCGCCAGUACGAGUAUGAGCGACGACUGUUUGCUGAGAAAUACGAGGAAUCCAUGGCGACACUGGCCGGUGACUACUAUCAGGCGUGCAACUCUCCGGUCCCAGGCCGAGACUCGAGCGACGCAACUGACACGGGUUCCGGCUCCUAG